UUCUCUACUUACCAGCGUACUCGGCGUAGUAGUAGCGUCUGCCGAGUGCCGAUUCUGCCGUCUUAACUUUUUAGUCUUCAUUCUUGUUUAGGUAUCCCUAAACUAUCAUCGAAUAUUUAUGUUUACUAAAUAUUUAAUAAUUAAUUGAUAGAAAUUACUAAUCGCCGUCUAAAUUAGUCAGUAUUUGACUGUUCGUCUUUUAAAACCAAUGGUUCGUGGUAGUGGACGUAUCAAUAUGAAUAGAUUUCCACCAUCGUUAGCCGGUCCAAUGGUUCCUCCGUUCAUGUCCCGCAGAGUUCCUAGACAUCCUUUCGAUAUAGUCCUUUGCGAAGGCGCGUUUCCUCGUGUGAAGCCUGGUGCUCAUACUACAGAAGAAUCAGCUUUCAAUGCUGCUUUACUCAAAAGGGCACAGGUGUUAACACCCUCUCCCGAAGAUCAUUCAUCCCUGCUGGGAGUUGUUUCCAAGAUACAGUCUAUACUGGAUAAUAUUAUUAUAUCUCCAGGCAAAACUGAAGUAUCUAUAGAAGAGGUUAGAGUAGUUGGAUCUUUUAAAAAAGCGACUAUCAUGAAGGGUCAUACUGUGGCUGACAUGGUGGUUAUUUUUAAAACUUUACCUACCAAAGAAAGUGUAAUAGCUUUGUCACAGCGAAUUAUAGCUGACUUUAAAGAAAAUUAUCCUACUGGAAUGCAGAUUGCUGAUGAUGUUUUGAUGGCUCCAGACAGCACUGGUUUUGAUAUUAUUUCAUCAAAUGGUACAGUGCGUUUACUAAUUUCCACUAUAUCUACAAAUUUAAAGAAACUUACAUCUGGCCUACACUUGGAUGCAAAUGCAAUGAAACUACACAUGGGUGCCAUACGCCAUAGCCGGUGGUUUGAUGAUAAUGCUUCUCAUUCAUCAAAUAAGAUGCUCGUCAGGCUUCUUAAAGAUUUGCGCAACCGUUUCAGCGGGCUGAAGUGUUUAAAUCCAUGGAUGAUAGACUUAUUGGCUCACCGUUCACUGUUGAACAACAAACAAACAUUGCCUAUUCAGAUAGCAUACAGGAGAGUCAUACAACUAUUGGCUGGUGGGCUAUUUCUUCCUGGUUCAGCUGGAAUAAUAGAUCCCUGUGAAAGUGGCAAUAUUAGAAUUCAAACUUUACUAUCAUUGGAACAACAAGACUUAUUGUGCAUGACUGCACAACACUUAGUUCGCGUGAUGGCUCAUGGUGGUUUUAUUGCUAUACUAAAUGGAAAUGAUAACAUUCUAAAAUUGAAAUCCAUCAACUCUAUAAUUUUUGAAGACUUGCAAAAAGCGUACGAGAAACAAGAAGAAAUGGUAGAAGAUGUGGAUUCCACAGGCGCAGAAAAUGAAGAAAUAGCAAUGGAAAGCACUUGAGUCAAUAAUUAUAAGUUAGUUUUUAAGAUUUGUGAUUUUUCAUGUAUAUAUUUUGUGUUUGUAUGUGUAUUGAUUGUGCAUAUCUAGUACAUUUUUUUUCUAUUGAUUAGGAAGUUAUUAAAACGAUAUAUAUAUGUAUACAUUCAAAAACCUCAUUGUUGUAUAACUCUCAUUAAAUAAAUAUCUUCUCAUGUACAACA